GGGGCCCUGAGCAAUCUGUGCUCUGGAGAUAGCCACGCUUAGAGCAUAAAUCUUGUGCAACUCUGCGAUAGCCAGCACUCCCCCGCCAGCAGGGCUGCCGGGUCAUGUUUCAUGCAGGCAGUGCUAUGCCCUGUGUUUGCAUUUCAGGUCCUGCUUCAGCGCAGGAGUGAGAUUUGCCAGACUGCUCUAAGAUGUCUUACAGAAAGGAGCUAGAGAAAUACCGGGACCUGGAUGAGGACAAGAUCCUCGGAACCCUGACGGAGGAGGAGCUCAGGAAGUUGGAGAAUGAACUGGAAGAGCUGGACCCUGAUAAUGCGUUGCUGCCGGCAGGGCUCCGACAGAGGGAUCAGACGCAAAAGCCACCAACCGGCCCGUUCAAAAGGGAAGAACUCAUGGCCCACCUAGAGCAGCAGGCAAAAGACAUUAAGGACAGAGAGGACUUGGUGCCUUUCACUGGUGAAAAGAGAGGAAAAGCUUGGAUCCCCAAGCAGAAGCCAAUGGAUCCUGUUCUGGAAAGUGUGACCCUGGAGCCGGAGCUGGAGGAAGCCCUUGCUAAUGCCUCUGAUGCGGAGCUCUGUGACAUUGCUGCCAUCCUUGGCAUGCACACCUUGAUGAGUAACCAGCAGUACUACGAGGCACUGGGUAGCAGCACCAUCGUGAACAAAGAAGGACUUAACAGUGUGAUAAAGCCCACAAAGUACAAACCAGUUCCUGAUGAGGAGCCAAACUCCACGGACGUGGAAGAAACUCUGAAACGAAUACAGAACAACGACCCUGAUCUUGAGGAGGUCAACCUUAACAAUAUUAUGAAUAUUCCCAUUCCAACUUUAAAAGCCUGUGCUGAAGCACUGAAGACUAACACUUACGUAAAGAAGUUCAGCAUAGUUGGGACGAGGAGCAACGAUCCCGUUGCUUUUGCACUGGCAGAAAUGCUGAAGGUGAAUAACACGCUGAAGAGCCUGAAUGUGGAGUCAAACUUUAUCUCUGGGUCUGGCAUCCUGGCUCUUGUUGAAGCACUCCAGAGUAACACAUCCCUCAUAGAGCUCCGAAUCGACAACCAGAGCCAGCCUUUGGGCAACAAUGUAGAAAUGGAAAUUGCGAACAUGCUGGAAAAAAACACCACGCUGCUGAAGUUUGGGUACCAUUUCGCUCAGCAAGGUCCCCGGCUCCGCGCAUCCAAUGCCAUGAUGAAUAACAAUGACCUAGUGAGGAAGAGAAGACUUGCGGAGCUGAACGGGCCUAUUUUUCCCAAGUGCAGGACUGGAGUGUAGCUCCCAGGCAGAGGUCGUUCCCAGCGGGUCUGUGCUACUGUGACAACCUAAGGCAAAGAAGUGCCUUGAGAGAGUUAUUUGUGGUGCCUCGGUUCUGUUUCAUGCACUAACAGUUUAAAGUAACUAGUGGCUGUAGUUGAAGAUUUUUAUCCAGUAGCACUGUUGUUUUCUGUAGAGCUGGAAGCUAUCCAAGCCAGUAACCUGCCAGUGUUGUGCAGCCUCAGCUGAGCGUACAUCCCGGUGUAAAAGUAACCUGGUUACUGCAGUGACCUGGGACCUCAUUUUUCUAUAAACUUUCUGCACAGUGUCUCAUAGAGGUAGCAUGUGGUAUGCAUGACGAGAGAUACAACUCUUCCACACAAAUUACAGAAGUAUUAGAAAAAUACUUUAUUUUUUUUCCCAAAAUGAUUUCAAGUCAGCAUAGAGGAGCAACUAGUUUAACCAGAACUUCUACUAUUCAGAAACAUGGCUAAAUUAGAUAGCUGCAAAGUGUACUUUUUUUUAAACCCACAUUUGCUGAGUCAGUUAGUUAGAUGUGCUGCUUUUCAAACGAAUCCCUGUGUUUCUUAGAAACUAUUGAUCCUCCCCAUAGCCAUGCAGUAAAGGUUGAACUUAAGGCCACCAAUUGUGAAAUAAAGAGUCUCAAAAACCGA